CUCCUACAGUGCUUGGGCUGUCCCUAACCCGAUUCACUGUCUCGCCUGGCCCAAGAUUUCUGUCUGCCGCUUUCGUGUGGCUGCGCCAACCUCUCCAUCCCACGAACUACCUCGCUCUUCCCCUCUGCAACCACGCCACGAUAAAAUCUGCCAUCUAGAAAAGCUAGACAGCAGACAAGGGAAAGAAGCGCCGACUCAUCCUCCCUCACUUCCACUUUGAAAACCAGCGCAAGAUGUCGGGCCUAGACGUAGAGGCGUUGCUUGACGCCACCGCAAAAAGCUCUACCGAGACGAAGACACACGACGUCGAAGAACGCCCCAACGGCGACCGUUCCGAGCGCAAGGAGCGCGAUCGCGGCCGCGAUGGAAGCCGCGACAGGGACUACGAUCGUCGUCGUCGAGACCACGGGCGUCGCGACCGUAGCAAGACACGAAGCCGACGCGGAACCCCGGACGACAUCAAGACAUCCACCCCCCGGAGCGACGCUGGUAGCCACAAGAGUAGGCGGAGAAGCAAAAGCCGCGAUGAUGACCGCCGUCACUCACGUCGUCACAGAGGAGAUGGUGAUUACUACAGAGGCGGACGAGCCCGCUCGCGAUCUCGGUCACCCCACCGCUACCGCUCAUCACGCGAUGACUAUCGCGAGCGCCGUGAUCGCUCCGAUCGCUACUCCGGGGACCAUCGCCGGGCUAGGGAUGACGAUCGUCAGGAAACUUCCAAGCGUGAGGCAACACCACAACUUACUGAAGAUGAACGCGAUCGCCGCACUGUCUUUGUCCAGCAGCUCGCCGCCCGUCUUCGCACACGCGACCUGAAGGCAUUCUUCGAGAAGGUCGGCCCUGUCAAUGAGGCUCAGAUUGUCAAAGAUCGCAUUAGCCAAAGAUCCAAGGGAGUCGGUUAUGUUGAAUUCAAGAACGAGGAAUCAGUCACGCAAGCGCUUCAACUUACCGGACAGAAAUUGUUAGGUAUCCCUAUCAUCGUCCAGCUCACAGAGGCCGAGAAGAACCGACAGGUUCGCAAUUCCGAAACCACCAACGCUCACCCGAACUCGAUCCCCUUCCACCGCCUCUAUGUGGGCAACAUUCACUUCAACGUCACCGAACAGGAUUUACAGGCCGUCUUUGAACCUUUCGGCGAACUUGAAUUUGUCCAGCUCCAGAAGGACGAUAAUGGACGCAGCCGAGGCUAUGGAUUCGUGCAAUACCGCGAAGCUAGCCAAGCCAGGGAGGCCCUUGAGAAGAUGAACGGCUUCGAUCUUGCCGGUCGCCCGAUUCGCGUUGGCCUCGGAAACGAUAAGUUCACCCCUGAGAGCACUGCCAACAUCUUGCAGAGAUUUCCUGGCCAAAACCCACAGUUCCAAGGCUCUGCAUUCUCUGGUGCGGGCGGCCGCGGCCCCCAGACAUCGGCAUUCGACCGCGCGGGUGGAAGAGAUAGCGAAAAGUCUGGCGGCGCCAGCGCCCUUGACGACACAGAUGUCGCCGGUGUCAACUUUAACAACUAUAGCCGUGAUGCCCUGAUGAGAAAACUUGCCAGGACUGAUGAUGCUUCCAACGGAGUAGAUGAGCGACAAGUGUUGAAGCCCAAGACUGAGACCAAGCCCCUGCCGGUCAACGUCAACAUGGCCAGCCGAUGCGUUGUCCUGCACAACAUGUUUGACCCUGAAGAGGAAGAAGGAGAGGAAUGGGUCAAGGAAUUGGAGGAUGACGUUCGACAGGAAGCAGAAACCAAAUACGGCCGCGUCGUACACAUCUCCGUCGAUCCGAACUCCAAGGGCGACAUCUACCUCAAGUUCGACAAGGUCCAAGGUGGCGAGAACGCCAUCAGAGGCCUCAACGGUCGUUACUUUGGAGGCAGGAUGAUCGACGCGUCACCUGUUGUAGAUGCCGUCUACAGCAGUUUGUUCUCUCGCACACGAGCGAUCUAAAAGCUAAUCCAUGGCCCCGAAAAUACUCGUCUAGGACCCCCCCCUAAAGCCGAUGCCACCGUUCUCCAAUCUCGCUCAUUAGAUUGAGCCCUGACGACCGCGAGACUUGUACCGUUGAGCCGCCUCUGGCCGCCAUCCGCGUCCUGCCAAGUCUUUGUCACGUCAGAGACCCAGGCCUACCUACCCCAACAUCACUGGAGAGCAGGUUGACAUCGCACUGAUUCUAUGCAGAGAAAGCUUUGAUUGCACAUUCGAUCGCCAAUUUUUUCUGGCUGAUAUUUGUACCUUAGGUUGUUCCCUUCCAAGUCCUCCAUUUACAUGCGGAGCGAAUGACCGGUUGCCAAAAACGGCGUCUGGGUAAGGAACAAAGGAAGCUGUAGUUUAUGCACCACAUUAGGUACUAAAAUUGUUCUUAGC